UCCCUCCCAGGUCUCAUCCGGUGCAAACAAAUCCGGUGAGCUGCCUGCCAGCCGCGCGGGAGCCUCGGAAGGGCAUAGUAUUGUAUACUACCACUAUAUAACCAGCCGCCGCCGCGGUCGUCGUCGUCGCUCCUACCUCGCUGCACCGGCCAGUCCCCCCCCCCCACCCCCCCCCUCCGCCUCGCCGCGCCGCGCCUCCGUCGCCGGGAGUAGGGAGGGAGAGGCGCCGGCAGAUCGAUCGGGGAGGCGCGCGCGGGCUCGGCGGCCGGUUGCUGCUAUGGCGGAGGCGGUGCGGGAGCUGCGCGCGAGCUUCGCGGCGGGGCGGACGCGGCCGGCGGAGUGGCGGGCGGCGCAGCUCCGGGCGCUGGUGCGGAUGAUCGACGAGCGGGAGGCCGACAUCACCGCCGCGCUCCACGACGACCUCGCCAAGCCGCACAUGGAGUCGUACCUCCACGAGAUAUCGCUCGCGAAGUCCUCGUGCAAGUUCGCGCUCAACGGGCUCAAGAACUGGAUGAAGCCCGAGAAGGUACCUGCGGCCAUAACUACGUUCCCGUCCUCUGCGCAAAUCGUGCCUGAGCCCCUCGGUGUGGUGCUCGUCAUCUCCGCCUGGAACUACCCAUUCCUGCUCUCUAUUGAUCCGGUAAUUGGAGCAAUAGCUGCUGGAAAUGCUGUUGUUCUGAAGCCAUCAGAAAUAGCGCCGGCAACCUCGUCCAUGUUCGCAAAGCUGCUGCCUGAGUAUGUUGACAGCACAUGUAUUAAAGUUGUAGAGGGGGGUGUUGAGGAAACGACCGCGCUCUUGGAACAAAAAUGGGAUAAGAUCUUCUACACAGGUAGCGGGACUAUAGCACGCAUAGUUUUGGCAGCCGCCGCAAAGCAUCUGACCCCAGUGGCUCUGGAGCUUGGUGGAAAAUGCCCUGCUAUUGUCGAUUCAGACGUUGAUCUUCAUGUUGCUGUUAAGAGGCUUGCUGUUGGCAAAUGGGGAUGUAACAAUGGCCAAGCAUGCAUCGCUCCAGAUUACGUCAUAACGACGAAAUCAUUUGCACCAGAGCUGGUGAACUCUUUGAAAAGAGUUCUGGAGAGGUUCUACGGGAAGGAUCCUCUGGAAUCGGCGGACCUGUCUCGUAUCGUUAAUUCUAAACAUUUUCAGAGAUUGACAGAAUUGAUAGCAGAAAAGAAAGUAGCUGACAAGAUUGUGUACGGAGGCCAGACUGACGAGAAGAAACUAAAAAUUGCUCCUACAAUAUUGCUGGACGUUCCCCAGGAUACAGCACUCAUGACAGCGGAAAUUUUUGGCCCCUUCCUUCCUAUCGUGACGGUCGAGAAGAUCGAAGACAGCAUUGACGUGGUGAACUCCAAGACGAAGCCGCUUGCGGCCUACCUCUUCACCAAGAACAAGAAGCUGCAGCAGGCCUUUGUGGCGAACGUCCCCGCGGGAGGGAUGCUCGUGAACGACGUCGCGCUGCAUCUCACGAACCCGUACCUGCCCUUCGGCGGCGUGGGCGACAGCGGGACAGGCAGCUACCACGGCAAGUUCAGCUUCGACUGCUUCAGCCACAAGAAGGCGGUCCUGGUCCGCGGCUUCGGCGGCGAGGCGGCGGCGAGGUACCCGCCCUACACGACGGAGAAGCAGAAGAUCCUGAGGGGCCUCAUCAACGGCAGCUUCAUCGCGCUCAUCCUGGCGCUCCUGGGCUUCCCGAGGGAGAGGCGCUAGGCUGGACGAUCGAUCCCCCGUUCCAGUACAGACUUCUGUUCGUGUUCGUCCGGUGCAGAGUACUAGUAGCAUACUUCCUCCGUCCCAAAAAAACCGUUGUUCUUUGACUCUUAGAAAUUGCGUUUGACCGCUCGUCUUAUUCAAAUAUUUUAUAUAUAUUAUAAGACAAAUAAAAUAUUAUUAAAAUAUCAUUAGUGAUGUAAUAAGUCAUAACAAAAGUGAUAAUAUUUGUAAAAAAAAAGUUGAAUUAGACGAGUAGUCAAACACAAUUUUUAAGAGUCAAAGAACAACGAUCUUUUUGGGACGGAGGGAGUACAGUACAACCAUCACGCUGUCAGAUCGAUGCUAGGCGCCACCACUGCAUGUGUGCGUGUGUGUUUUUACAGAGUUUGUAUGAUAUGAUGCAUUAUACUGUCGCAUUGGGAUUUGUGCGAUAUUGAAUUGUACGUAAGAGAUCAGAGUUGCAUGAAUAAGUGUGAUAGUCAUCUGUUAAUUA